UCUGGUUGGAUGCCUUUAACAAAAACGCUAAUUUCAUCUGCAUGACUUUGGUUCCCCUUUAAAUUGCCCCGGCGCUGAGCAGACCUGAGGCUGCGGCUCUCCGCUUGUAGGAAUCGCGCAGUGCGGAGUGGGGAGCGAGCAGCGUCGCACACAGGAGCCGAGCAGGAGGGGAGGCUGUGCGGUGCAUCUGAAACUAAUCAGGCUUUAUCCGAGGAGAGACGCUCACGAAAGCCAUUUCUGCGCACCUUCCUCGCAUGUGAAACACACCGAUGACACCACGAAGAAAACCGGGGAAGAUUUUCACUGUUCGGUGCUGACGCGGUUACAACAAGGAGCCCAAGAGAGGGCAAUGGAGUUUAUGUAUGGUUAUGCUGUUUUUUGUUUUUGAUUUUUUUUCGCCUUCACUGAAGCAGUACAUUACUACUAAUUUGAAUAACAUGCUCUGAAUACAUUAUUUUCUCGAUAAUGCAAAGAGGGGAUUAAACAGUAAUAAUAAUAAUAAUAAUAAUAAUAAUAAUAAUAAUAAUAAUAAUAAUAAUUUGGACACGAGACCUGCUUUCUGAUAUUUUUCGCCAUUUUUGUAUCAAAUGUGUGUUCACCAGAGACAAGGUUGUUCAAAAAAUGAUCUCCUUGGAAACGGACUGCGGUUUUGUCCUCUAAUCCGGAGGUAAAAUCCGAUGUUUUAAUUUGACUCCUGCUUCACGUCAUAUCGAAAUGCAGUAGCCUGGAUACUGUAGCUGUAAAAGAAAAGAAAAUCAUUUCGUUGCGGUUAUUGCUGUGUUUGCAUUGCUCAUAUUCCGAGGUGUGGUUUGAUAUUCUCUUUACAGCAGUCGAGUCAAAUGUCGUAUUUCAAUGACACUGUUUAACGCUAAACCAGAAAGCAGAUGUUGUGACAGGAUUGCAAACAACGAGGCUGAGGCGCCGUCUGCUGCUAUUCUUGGCACGACCACGAAUUAUAAUUUGAAGAGAGAAAGAAAAAAAAGACAGAUUUCUUUUCUGAUUUAUUUUUGUGUGUGUUUGUAUUUAUUUGAGGAAGCGAUGUGAAUUGAUUCUCGGAUAGUUAAUUGCUGGUGUAAGGACGCACGCAAUAGAUAUUUCAGGAUCUCGACGACAUUGUAUAUAUAUAUAUAUUGAUAAUCGCAUUGACAAUAACAGCCGCGUUUGAGAUGGUGCCCGGGACGCCCGCAGCCAUGCUACCAGCACAGGAUGCAGCGAAGAUUUACCAAACGAACUACUUGAGGAAUUCCCGGGCGAUCGGAGUCCUGUGGGCGAUUUUCACCAUCUUGUUCGCCAUCGUCAACGUGGUGUGUUUCAUAGAGCCCUACUGGAUCGGGGACGGAGUGGACUCGCCACAAGCUGGCUACUUCGGCCUCUUCCACUACUGCAUCGGGAACGGGAUCUCCAGGGAGCUGACGUGCCGGGGCAGCUUCACCGACUUCGACAGCAUCCCCUCCGGCGCGUUCAAAGCGGCCUCGUUCUUCAUAGGGAUGUCCAUGGUGAUGGUUAUCACCUGUAUCGUCUGCUUCACCCUCUUCUUCUUCUGCAGCACCGCCACUGCCUACAAGAUCUGCGGCUGGAUGCAGCUGACGUCCGCGGCCUGUCUGGUGCUGGGCUGUCUGAUCUUCCCUGAUGGCUGGGACUCUGACGAGGUGAGGCGCAUGUGUGGCGAGCGCACAGACAAGUACACCCUGGGGGCGUGCUCCAUGCGCUGGGCCUACAUCCUGGCUAUCAUGGGGAUCCUGGACGCGCUCAUCCUCUCCUUCCUCGCCUUCGUCCUGGGGAACCGGCAGAACAGCCUGCUGGCAGACGAGCUGCUGGCCGACACCAAGGAUAAUGGAAAUGCUUAACAGAAAGCAAGGUCUUGUUGCCGCUCAGUAGAUGGUGAUCAUGAAGCUUUUUUACCCAUCACCCAGAGGGUGGGAGGCAGGCCGCGGCUCUGGAGAGCUGAGAGAGCGUGAGAGAGCGUGAGAGAGCGUGAGAGAGCCGCCGCUCUCCCAGGCUUUAACAACAGCGCCCCCUGCAGGUGACUGGCAGCAGCCCACCCAUCAUUGAGACGGCAGGCUUCCACAAUGCGGGAGACAGCAAAUACUUAGAGCUGACUUUGUAUAGCGUAGCGUUAGAUCAAUAUGAAAAAAACUAAAACAACACAAAAACAACGACCAUUACGUCAUUGUGGUAUCAUGCACAUUACAGACUUUGAUAUAUGUAAAAAAAAAAACAAGAUAACAUUCACCUACCCUGCAUUUACUUCUCAAUGUUUAAUUAGCUGGCUCUCAGAUCCCCAGUACAGUACAGCGAUCUCUAUACUGUAAAGUAUUGAAUUAUCUGGCUCUCUCAGAUCCACAGUACUGAGUUCUCUAUACUGUACUGUAUUGAAUGUGCUGGCUCUCUGAUCCACAGUACUGAGUUCUCUAUACUGUACUGUAUUGAAUGUGCUGGCUCUCAGAUCCACAGUCCUGAGUUCUCUAUACUGUACUGUAUUGAAUGCGUUGGCUCUCAGAUCCACAGUACUGAGUUCUCUAUACUGUACUGUAUUGAAUGCGCUGGCUCUCAGAUCCACAGUACUGAGUUCUCUAUACUGUACAAUUUUGAAUGUGCUGGCUCUCAGAUCCACAGUACAGUACAGCGAUCUCUAUACUGUACAGUAUUGAAUUAUCUGUCUCUCUCAGAUCCACAGUACUGAGUUCUCUAUACUGUACUGUAUUGAAUGUGCUGGCUCUCAGAUCCACAGUACUGAGUUCUCUAUACUGUACUGUAUUGAAUGUGCUGGCUCUCAGAUCCACAGUACUGAGUUCUCUAUACUGUACUGUAUUGAAUGCGCUGGCUCUCAGAUCCCCAGUGCAGUACUGAGUUCUGGCUCUUGAAGUAUUGUAAAGACAUCUAUUGAUUGUGUUCAUGGUAUUUCAGUUACAGUGAUUUCCUCAAACCUUCCUUUUAGCAUGGAUCCCCGUAAUCAUGUGACCCCGAGACCCAGCCUUUGAACUCCCUGUCCAAUAGCUGUGCCUCCUCUGAGUCAUGUGACUGUGUGAUAUCAAACAUGAAGCAUGGGGCAAUCUGAAAACAGUUCCAGAUACAAAGCUGUUGAUUGUUAAGAAUGUACCGAACAAGCACAGCAAUUCAAGGAAGAUGUAUUACAACCCUUCCAUUUACUAACCCUUAUACAGUGCAUCCUCUUUAUUUAGCACACCAAAUGAAAAACCAUAUGUGUGUAUAUAUAUAUUGAAAACAGUGAAUCAGUGAAGGGCCCCUAUACAGGAAAACCCAGGCCUGACAAACAGGGAGCCAACCAAAGCGAAGGUGCAAUACUGAGGCAGCGCAGCAGGGACAUUCUGCACACAAUCGCUAAUGAGAAUCAAUGGAAGCCAUGCUGACGUUUAAUGAAGUUCUGGAACAGCAGGUGAGCCCCAGCACUCAGCCUCUGCAGUGAUCACAGGCUGCUCUCUCUGUUAACCAGGAUCAUUCUCAUUUAAACAAACCCCAGCGAUCCCGCCCACCUCCCAUCUCUUCAAUACGGAAGUGUGUCACAGCCUGGAAGGAUCUGUAAAGGAGAGAGUCAAAUCAAGACAAACUCCCACAUCCACCGAGACGUGCAGUACUGUGUGGCCCCCCUAGAUGGCAGCAUUCUGUUCUUCAAGAGUCUGAUUCUAAGCAGUAUGCUUGUGGUUGCCAUUGGUUUCUCUGUUUGUUGUGUGCUGUGACUGCCAUGUCUGAGGAUGCCUCGCCAGCGCGGCCGUGCGGAGGCGGGCCUUUCUGUUUCCUAAAAGGAAUCAAAAGAAUAACCUGUGACUGUUUCAGAGAUUGCUCGUGCAAGAAGGGCUCCUGAUGGGCACCAAAGACAUUUCUCAAUCGUUUUGUAACUUCCAACAGUUAUUGCAUUUUUCUUUUCUUUAGAAACAAAAGGGGUCAAACUUUCCGCUUGAGCGAACGCUGCAUCGACCCGUCUGUGCCGUGCUGGGAUAAACCACAGCUGGGAUAUGCAGAGCGCUAUACAGCAGUGAGGAACUCCCUGCACUGCAGCAGCACCUCAGAGCAAAGACGGGUGGGUUAUACAAUGCAGGUUCAUUCCACAGUGCUGUACAAUGCUCUACAACACCGUGUGGCUCAUCCCAGUACAGGCUGAUCAAACCAGCAGAAUGGAACAAGGCGCUGUGUCCCGCCUCCAGUGUGCUUGUAGGAGGGAUCGACGGACAGAAACAGUUAUAUUGUGAUAAAUGUGUCAUUAUUUUAUGAUAAAAAGGGUUGAAAACGGUAAUUUAAAUGUAACAUUUUACCAAAAUUUGUCAAAAUAGUAAGAUAUUCCGGGUACAGUAAAUACCAACAUCAUACUCCAUUCUGUUCAGUAUUACAUCUUCUGUACAGAUUUCUGAGGCUAGCAGUAAGUACCUGUGUGUGUGUGUGCGUGUGUGGGUGUGUGGGUGGGUGUGCGUGUACGUGUGUGUGUGUGUGUGUUGUGUGUGUGAGUGUGUGUGUGUUGGGGGGGUGUGUGUGUGUGCGUGUGUGUGUUGUGUGUGUGAGUGUGUGUGUUUGGGGUGUGUGUAUGUGUGUGUGAGUGUGUGUGUGUGUGUGUGUGUGUGUGUGUGUGUGUUGUGUGUGUGAGUGUGUGUGUGUUCGGGGUGUGGUGUGUGCGUGUGUGGUGUGUGCGUGUACGUGUGUGUGUGUGUGUUGUGUGUGUGAGUGUGUGUGCGUGUGUGCGAGUGCGUGUGGGAGCGUGUGUGGUGUGUGUGUGUGCGUGUGUGUGUUGUGUGUGUGUGUGUGCGUGCAUGUGUGUGUGUGUGUGUGUGUGUUCUACUCCAGUGUUUCCAGAGCACACUGUGCAUUGAUACUGCAUUGUAAACAGAGGCUGAGGUGCGUGUUAGGAGUCAUUGCACUGGGGGGGAUGUCACUUCCACGUCACGUUUAAGCACUCUGUAAAAAACAAAGGUGUUCAUUCUAUUGACUUUGUGGUCAUUUGUAUAUUCCAGUGUAAAUAUCCCAUUAAAGUUUAAAACUAAAAUGAAAAAUCAUCAUUUUCCACAAAGCCCUUCUACUUAAUAAAAGUUUUCACUGUAU